AUGGUUGCUGUUGGUGAAAAUGGUUUCGAAUCAGAUGAAGAUUUUUAUGGUCAACAAUUAGAUACCCCAACUGUUACUGGAAAUAAUGACAUGUCAACUACACAAAAUGACAACAUCGAAGGAAAAACGGGCUGGCCAUAUUUUGGUGGUAUUGAGGAUGGAUUAACUGUUGAAAGUGGUAAUCCCAGUACAGGCAAGGAAACACGCUAA